AUGUCUAAUGGUGUAGGUGCCCAGGCCUUCACUGAUGAUGAAGAUUCCGUUGAAUCUGAGUUGUCAUCAAAAGAAGCGGAAAAAAAUUCAACAGACGGUGGCUCGGAUUGUCUACGCUCAUUUCUAUCAAGAAACGAAAAUUGUUUUAAAUACUUGCUUCUCGCAACUGUGAAUCUCCUUGUCAUAACGUACUUCGUAUUUGCAAGUCUUUAUUGGUAUAAAAAUUCGGUUGAUAAUAACUUGCAAUGGUGCGACGGAUACGGAAUGCUCGUAUUGCUCGUUGGAUUUGCGUACCUUAGAAUUGUCUAUUACAAAAUUAUCAAGAAAUUUUUCAGCGAAUCAAUUUCAAAAUGCUUAUUGCCUUGUACUUUGGGCAUUCGUAGGAUUGGUCAAAAAAGACGCAUUUGCUUGUCUACAAAGGUGUUUUUUUCUUUAAUAAUACUUGCUGCAACAAUUAUUUUUCUUGCCUUUGACACUGCCGAUUCUAGAAAUAGAUUAAUAAGCUUUGCCGGUGUGGCCGCUAUUUUAGCGUUUGGUUGGAUCUUUUCUAAACAUCCAACGAAGGUAAAUUGGAGACCAGUAAUAUGGGGUUUGAUACUUCAAUUCGCUUUUGGUCUGUUUACCAUCAGAUGGUCGGUUGGUCGAGAAAUUUUUACGUGUAUUUCAAAUAAAGUAGCUAUCUUCUUAAACUUCGCAAGAGAAGGUGCCAAAUUCGUAUUCUCCCCAGAGAUUGUCAACAAUGGAGUGUUUGCAUUUUCCGCACUUCCAGUAAUAUUUUUCUUCAGUUUUAUGAUACAAAUAUUGUAUUAUUGGGGAGUUAUGCAAGCCGUUAUAAAAAAUAUCGGAUGGUUUCUCCACGUUAUCAUGGGGACUACGGUUUGCGAGUCCAUUAAUGCAGCAGCUAAUACAUUUAUAGGAAUGACUGAGUCUCCUCUUCUGAUUAAGCCGUACAUAAAUCAACUAACGAAUUCAGAACUUCAUGCUAUAAUGUGUUCUGGAUUUGCUACUGUAUCCGGAACGGUUUUGGCCGCUUAUAUAAAUUACGGGGCUGAUCCAGCACAUUUAAUCACAGCCUCGGUAAUGGCGGCACCGGCUGCACUUUGUUUUUCAAAAUUAUUCUAUCCCGAGACUGAGAAAAGUGUAACAACCUUUAAGAAUAUAAAGCUCGAAAAAUCACAAGAUAGUAGCGUCCUCGAUGCAGCGACUAAGGGCGCCUUGGCUGGAAUUCCGCUUAUUUUGGGUAUUAUAGCAAAUAUCGUUGCUUUUGUUUCCGCGGUCGCUUUUCUUAAUACCAUUCUAUCCUGGCUGGGUUCCCUCGUUGGAUAUGACUACAUAACUUUUGAGUGGCUGCUAUCGAAAGCAUUUAUGCCACUAAGCUGGUUGAUGGGAGUGCCUUGGGACGAGUGCGAAGACGUUGGUAUGCUCAUAGGCCUUAAAACUGUAGUGAACGAGUUCGUUGCUUACGAAAAGUUGGGGGAAUUUAAAAAUGCUAAUAGACUAAGUCGAAGAACCGAAGCUAUUGCUACCUUCGCUAUUUGUGGCUUCUCGAAUCCAGGCUCGAUCGGUAUUAUGAUCGGUGGUUUGGCUACAAUGGCUCCUGAAAAGCGCGAGCAAAUCGCUAAUUCAGCCAUCAGAGCUUUUGUAGCCGGGAGUAUGGUCUGUUUUCUCACAGCUUGUAUUGCAGGAGUACUUAUGGAUGAAAGAUUUUACGAGCCUGUCUAAAUCGUUACUUAGUAAAAAAGAAUGUUAUGAAAUUAAUUAACUUUUCUUUCAUUCUUACCUCUGCAUGGUAAGGAUAAUAUUAGUAAGACAUAAAGUUCCACAUUACUUAAAGUAUCAUAAUAAGUUUGUACAGCAAAUGUUAUCAAAAAACUUUUUUUUAAUUUUGUGUAACUAUUUUAACAAUUCAUAUUUCAGGAAAAUUUAAAGUUCAAUAUAAUAUUUGCAUGCUUUUCAUCCCUUACAUCACUCUGUACUAUCCAUAAAAAAUCGCAUCAUAAAUUAGAAUUAAAUUUUUUAGCUAUAUUUUUGGUUAAUUAAAUAUCACUAUCAACUUGUUGUCCAUAAUGUAAAAUAGUUAGAAGCUUUCGUUCGAAAUCUUUACAGCAGUGUUUGUUAAAUUUUCAUUAAGCAUUAACAAGUAAUCAAUAACUUUGGAUUUACAAUACCACAUUUUAUGUUUAUAAGACUGAAUGAAUAAAUAAAUUGUUGUUAUAUUGUUUUCUGUGUAUAAAUUAUGUAUAGUUAAAUUCGCUAUUGAUAACACUCAUAAUUGUAGCUUCCAGAGAGCUAUUAAAGGUAUAAAAAAAACUUUUUUUUUGUAUUUUAUGAUGUAACACGAAGAAAAUUUUUUAUUCAGUUAACAUU